GACAUGGCAAAUGACCUUGAUCACUACACCAAUACUUACCAAAUCUUCUCUAAAGACCCCCAGAAUUGUCAGAAGUUCCUGGACUCCCCAGAAGUCAUCAACUGGAAACAGCAUUUGCAGAUUCAAAGUUCCCAGUCCCGCCUGAAUGAAGUGAUACAAAAUCUUGCAAGCAUUCGGUCUUCCCAAGUCAACCAUUCAGAAAACAUCCUCUAUGUAGCAGCAGAGACAAUCAAGAACCUGUUCCCUUCCCUGCUGGAUACAAAGAAUUUAUUGCCAGGUGGUGUCAAGCCAAAGGCCAUCAAUCAAGACGUGUUUAAACUUUCAUCCUUGGAUGUCACCCAUGCUUCCUUGGUGAAUGAAUUCUGGCUUUUUGGUGGCAAUGAAUUGAGCCAGAGAUUCAUCGAACGCUGUAUAAAGAAAUUCCCAAGUUCCUGUGUCCUGGGGCCUGAGGGAACCCCUGCAUCUUGGACCCUAAUGGACCAAACUGGAGAGAUUCGGAUGGGAGGCACCAUGCCUAAGUACCGAACCCAAGGUCUUGUCUCUUUCGUUGUCUAUUCACAAGAGCAGCUUAUGAGGAAACGUGGCUUUCCUAUUUAUUCUCACACAGACAAAAGCAAUACUAUUAUGCAAAAAAUGAGUCACUCAUUGCAGCAUUUCCGCAUGCCCUGUGCCUGGAACCAAUGGAAGUGUGUGCCUGUGUGA